AUGGUGAUUGCGGAUAUCGACCAAUCAGGUGCGUCCCAGGGGGAAAGGCCCGGGCCCAUUAUCUCACGUCUUGACCCGGAGCGCGCGGCUGGCGACUCUUAUCUGUGCAUUGCGGGUAAUGACAGCUGUUCCGAUGAUGAUACACGGCCUCUGGAUUUAGACAUUGUCGACAGUUCAUUACCUCUUGGAUUUUUGUCAUCUGAUUUCGCGACUAGUGAAAACGGUGACUCUGUCGAUUUCAACGCAGAAGAAGGGAGCGAGGCGGCCAUGUUCACGUGUCCACAAUGUGGGGAGCGAGCUAAGGACCGCGAGGGGAUUUUCCGGCAUGUGCGGGAGCGUCACCAGCGUCACAGCACCGCCCCAAGACGGAAGUUCCGCUGUGACGAGUGUAUGAGGUCAUUUAAAACAAUGACUGCUCUUCGAAACCACGCGAGAACUCACUCAUCCUACUUCAGCUUCUCUGCGGAAACAGCUGCCUUGCUGUCGGCGAGCUACAACACUUCCGGUAUGGGCGGCCUGAAUGACACGCUGACGGUGACGGACACCACGUUCACCAUCAUGGACGCCUCCACGUCCACCGUUAACGCUUCCAUGAUCCGCUCCCCCCUCACCGACAGCGCGCUCAACGACGAUCUUAACGUGACGUUGACCGAUUCACCGAAGCACGAACAGGAAACGAAGCCUACAGACGGAGCGGGAUUGACCGAGCGACGCAGGUCGUUGCGUUCGUCCACAUCUAGGAGAUGUAGCGGCAUCCCCGUGGCUCUGACUAGACGCAUGUCAGUGAGUUCUGGCUUGUUAGAAGCGAGAACCGUUAAUUCUAACACUAAUAAUUGUGACAAUGGGGCUGAGAGGCGUCAAUCUGUUGGACUUUUUAAAUCUCCACCUAGUGCAAAACACACACCAAACUUCACCACAGUUUCGAAAAUGAUUGUGAGACCCCGGACUCCUUUAAGUAUAACACAGUGCAGAACUCCAAUGAGAAGUCGAACUCCUGUGUCCGAGGCUAGAACACAUGUAAUCGAGGCUAGAACACCUGUCCGACUGAGGUCGAGACAGAACACACCCGUAGGCAUCAGAAGCACUCCGAAACUUGGAAAGUCCACGCCUCUUAAAGCUGGAAAGACUCCAAAGAGCCAGAAAAGCACACCUAAAACACCAAAGACACCAAAAACUCCAAAUGGCAACAAGCUCACACCGUGUAGCCGUAAGGAUGUCCUCUGCAACGCGAAAACACCAACAGUUAAGUGUCCGAAGACCACAAACGGCACGAGGUUCGCGUGCGUAAAGUGCGGGAAAUGCUUCGUGGACCAAGCGAAGCUCGAGGUCCAUUUCGCCGUGCACGCACGAGAGACGCCUGAGAAAUGUGGUAUCCCCAGACAGACGCUGAAACGGACGCUGCUUAAGUCGAAGGCAGCCGCCGCUUCACCAGCGAAGAUGGGAUCAGAGCAGAUCGCCAUGAACCAGUUCAGCUGCAGCAAGUGCGGGCGCAGCUACGACAGUCAACACUUCCUGGAGGCGCACAUGAAGAUCCACGAUGCGGAGGCGCCCCACGCAUGCCCGUCCUGCGACAAGCGCUUCCGGUUCUUGUCAUCGCUGAAGGCGCACAGUUUCGUGCACCUCGGAGAGGACACACCUGUAAAAAAGAUCGAGGAAAAUAAUGUAUAUUCAGAUGGAUUGAAACAUGACAACGUUGAAAUCGCCAACGCGGUCUCUGUCAGCGGGAAGCUAGCAACGAUGAACAUUUUCUCAAUUCUGAUGGGUGACAGUUUGGAGCCGAGCGAUUCUAUGGACACUGACGCGCCGUUUGCGUGCAAAUCUUGUGACUUCAAAACCAUAUCUCCCGCGGAGCUGUUACGUCACAUGAAGACGCAUUCACGUGUUGGGAAGUACACGUGCGCCACGUGCUCAAAGUCGUUCCGUGUACAGAGCAACCUAAGAACUCAUGAGAAGGUACAUUCCAUACACAGAUUGCGACAAAUCCUCGUGGACAACAGCGCCAAACGGACCGUGCGCACGUGA